CAUAAUACCAACAGUGCAAAAUUACUUGCAACUUACUGAACUAUAAUUACCAUUAAACGGACUUGACUUAGAUUUUUAUCUAACAUCAAUCCAAUUCUGUCUUACUCAUUGUGUCGACGUGAAAUAAGUUAGUAACUCGCUAUACCUACCAUCAAAUGCGAGGUGAAAAUUGCCAAUUCGAUCAAAUUUUCCAUCACCAACAACCUGAACAAUGAGUGGACACCUUGAUAACCCGGCUUUUAUCAACGACGACGGCAAGAGCAACCACAGCUUUACUCCGGCGCUCAAUUCUACGGAAGACCUGAACCGGAAGAAUGAAAAAAACUACGUCGUUGAGAUGAAGGAUUUGAAGAAAGCUGAGGAAGCCACCGGCGAAUAUGAGCCCUAUUUGCACCGAGACGUCGAACAUCCGACCACAAAUGCCGAAACAUUGCUGCAUCUCCUUAAGGGCAGCUUGGGCACUGGAAUCCUCUCAAUGCCUUUGGCCUUCUUCCAUUCCGGAUACUUAGUAGGGAUCAUUUGCACAAUUCUAAUAGGCGGGAUUUGCACGUACUGCAUACAUUUGAUCAUCCAAGCGGAAUAUGAGCUGUGCAAACGGAAAAAAAUGCCCAGUUUAACGUACCCAGCAACGGCCGAACUGGCCCUGCUUGAAGGCCCAAAAUUCUUCCAAGUUCUAGCUCCCUACUCUGUACAUGUUAUAAAUACGUUCUUACUGAUAUAUCAACUGGGGGCUUGUUGUGUGUACACAGUGUUUAUCGCCGAAAAUGUGAAACAUGUCGCUGAUGAAUAUAUCGAAAAAUUGGACGUGAAAAUCUGGAUGUUGGUCAUCCUCCUACCUCUAAUACUCAUCAAUUACAUCAGAAAUUUGAAAUUUCUGGCCCCCUUUUCCACAGUUGCCAACUUUAUUACCAUUGUUAGUUUUGGAAUUAUUUUGUACUACCUCAUUAAAGCCGACAUGACAUUUGAAGGACGAAACGUUGCAGGAAAAAUUGCCGAUUUUCCCCUUUAUUUUGGAACCGUGCUGUUUGCUCUAGAAGCCAUCGGUGUGAUAAUGCCGCUCGAAAACGAAAUGAAAACUCCCAAAGCUUUCAAAGGCGGCUGUGGAGUCCUAAAUAUUGGCAUGAUUUCCAUUGUGGUUUUAUACGUCGGGAUGGGUUUGCUGGGCUAUAUCGCCUAUGGGUCUGAUGUUGCAGACACCAUCACCAUUAACUUAUCCCCAGAGGAUGUCCUAGCACAGGUGGCUAAAAUAAUGUUAGCCAUAGCUAUCUACAUCACGCAUCCUCUGCAGAUGUACGUGGCUAUUGAUAUUAUAUGGAACGAAUAUUUAGCGUCAAGAUUUGAAAAAAGCCGCUACCAGCUGUUUUUCGAAUAUGCUGUGCGAACUGCUCUAGUCUUAAUUACAUUUGCCUUAGCGGUGGCCAUUCCGAAGUUGGAUCUCUUUAUAUCAUUGUUUGGUGCUUUCUGUCUGUCAGCGUUAGGUUUAGCCUUCCCUGCGAUCAUCCAGACGAGUACUUUUUGGUACUCGCUGACUGGGUUCAGUGGCAAAAUGGUGAUUGCCAAAAACUGUGCACUUGUCCUAUUUGGCAUUAUAGGACUGAUCGUAGGAACGUACACAAGUUUACAAAAAAUUGUCGAGUUUUUCAAUGAAUAAGUUUGCCAUAAUAUGAUUGUGUUUAGCGGAAACUCAUGAUUCUGAAGUACAAGAAAGAAGUAAGAAUUUUGUAAUGUGAUAUAAGUUCAAUGCUCAAUGUCCUAGUACAUUAGGCACAAUGUUAUAUAGUAAAUUAUUAUUUUAUAUUGUGUUAUAUUACGUGUAUAUACAGAUUAAGGCUGUUCGACUUUGUAAAGUGAAUUGAGGGUUCAUUGUAAGGACUCUACCUAUUUUCUUACACGAGUAGUGUAUAUUGUAGCUGCCUCUUUUACUAUUACAACUAUUUUUAUUUUCUCAUUUUGCCAUAAUGAGACAUACAACUAAAUAAAGAUGCUUAAGUAA